AGAGACCAGGACCAGGACUAGAGACCAGAGACCAGAGACCAGAGACCAGAGACCAGAGACCAGAGACCAGAGACCAGUUCAGGACCAGAGACUAGUUCUGCCCCAGUUCUGCCCCAGUUCUGCCCCGGUCCCCCCAGCAUGCCCUCUAAAUCCGGUCUCUCCAAGGCUUUCGCCGCCGCCUUCGCGGUUCUGACGGUGUCGGUGAUCUGCGGGACCGUUACCAUGGUGGUCCUGUACAAGGUCCAGAUGUCGGGGGUCAACGCCACGGCCCGGCCCACGGUCCCGGUCACCACCGAGCCUCCGCCGCCGGUGCUGCGGCUGCCGCGGAGCCUGAUCCCGGACCGGUACGAACUGGUCCUCCAGCCGCGGCUCUACACCAGGAUAGUCCGGGAGGAGAACGCCACGAGUCCGAACCAGACCCUGGUCUUCACCGGGAACUCCACGGUCCACUUCCGCUGCGUCCAGAAGACCCGGAGCAUCUUCAUGCACGGCCGGGACCUGCAGGUGUCCGGACCGGUCCUCACCGACAGAGACUCCCGGAAGAAGAUCUGGUCCAGGGUGAAGGAUCUGGACGGGGAGUCCGGGUUCCUGGAGCUAGAGCUGGACCAGGACCUGGAGGUCGGAGGGAACUACAGCCUGGUUCUGGACUUCAGAGGACAGAUCUCCCAGAACCUGGAUGCGCUUUUUCUCAGCGAGUACCAGGAAGAACCAGAACCAGGAGAAGACUCCGGAACCGACAGGUUUCUUGCUGCCACUAAUUUGCAGCCGACGGAUGCUCGGAGGUUGUUUCCUUGUUUCGAUGAACCCGACAUGAAAGCUGAGUUUUCCGUCACCAUCAUCCACAGACUAAAAACCACAGCUCUGUCCAACACCCAGAUGACAGUCUCCAAUAUUGAGGAUGACGAAUGGAAAUACACUCGUUUUGAAACCACGCCCAGGAUGUCCACCUACCUGUUGGCCUUCACCGUGUCCGAGUUCACGCCUAUCGUCUCGUACACCACCGACAACCGAGUCAUGAUACGGAUAUUUGCCCGUCCUGAAGCCAAAGCAGCAGGCCACACCUCCUACGCCUCCCACAUCACUGGAAAGAUCCUGGAGUUCUACGAGAGGCGCUUUGAGAUCGAUUAUGAACUGAACAAACUCGACCAGAUUGCGCUGCCGGACUUGUACCCGGCAGCGAUGGAGAACUGGGGUCUGGUCACCUAUCAGGAGGGUGUCCUGCUGUAUGAAGAAGGCGUGUCGUCGCUGCUGCAUAAGGAAAACGUCGCCGGCAUCAUCGCACACGAACUGGCUCAUCAGUGGUUUGGGAAUCUGGUGACGAUGGAGUGGUGGAACAACAUCUGGCUGAAUGAAGGCUUCGCCACCUACAUGUCGCACUUUGCCGUAGACGCCGUUGAGCCCACGUUCAGAAUGAAAGACACCUUCAUCAUGAACAACCUCCAUGCAGCGUUUCAGGAAGAUGCUUUGGCUUCAUCUCAUCCUCUCAGUCCUCCUCAGGAAGACAUACAGACAUCCGACGAGAUCAUUGGACUGUUUGACUCUAUAACCUACAGCAAAGGAUCGUUGAUGCUGAGGAUGCUGGCAGACGUUGUGGGAGAAUCAGUUUUCAACGAAGGAAUCAACAGUUACCUCAAGACCUUCAGGUUCAGAAACACCAACCAGAACGACCUGUGGAACUCCAUAGAAAUGGUGAGACGGAGCAAAUAUGGCCUCAGUGUUGAACAGCUGAUGACGCCGUGGAUCACUCAGGAAGGUUUUCCAGUCAUCACCAUCGACACGACCAACGGAGAAAUCUACCAGAAACGGUUUCUGUACAACAACACUGCUGAGUCCAGGCUGUGCUGGCCCGUCCCCAUCAGGGUCAUGUCCAACAUGUCUGAAUCUGCUCUGGUGUGGCUGGAGGAUGUCCUGGGACCAGUGAAGAAAGAAGAAUUCAUUUCGAAGGACGGCGAGUGGAUCCUGGCGAACGUCAACUCCACCGGAUACUACAGGGUCAACUACAACCUGGAGAACUGGCAGCUCCUCCUGAAGCAGCUGGAGACCAACCGACAUCUGAUCCCGCUGAUGAACCGCGGCCAGCUGAUCGAUGAUGCCUUUAACCUGGCCAGGGCCAAACUGAUCGACGUGACUCUGGCUCUGAACUCGACGCUGUUCCUCCGUGAAGAGAGAGAGUUUCUCCCCUGGGAGUCAGCAGUCACUAACCUGCACUACUUUGUCCUCAUGUUCGACCGCUCUGAGGUCUACGGCCCCAUGCAGGCGUACCUGAGGGACCAGGUGGAGGGACUGUACGACUUCUACAGGAAAUACACCAAUAACACCACGGUCCCUGAGGAUCACUCUGAGCAACACAACCAGGUGAACGCCAUCUGGAUGGCCUGUUCCAAUGGACUCCCAGAAUGUGUAGAAAUGGCUAAAAUGAAGUUUACAGAGUGGAUGCAGCCCAACGGAACCAAUAACAUCCAUCCCAACCUGCGCUCUGUGAUCUACUGCCAGGCGGUGGCUGCAGGGGGGAAGGCUGAGUGGGAGUUUGCCUGGGACCAGUUCCUGAGCUCCAGCGACACGUCUGAGAAGGACCAGCUGAGGGAAGCUCUGUCCUGCACCAGGAAGAUCUGGCUGCUCAACAGAUACCUGGAGUACACUUUGGACCCGGACAAGAUCCGACUCAUGGACGUGGCCUCCACCAUCGACAGCAUCGCCAGUAACCCGGCGGGUCAAGCCCUGGCCUGGAACUUCAUCAGGGCUCACUGGGACUACAUCCAACAGGGAGACACAUCGCUCCUGAUCGAAGGCGUCACCAGCAGAUUCUCCACACAGUUCGAGCUCGAUGAGGUGAGUUAUCAACCUUCUGUCCUGUUUAUGCGAGAUUAUCAGCGUUCAGUAAGGAAACUCUAAUCAGAAGGAACACCCUGAUAAUGUAUCGGACGUCUGCAGGUUUUUACCUUUGAGCUGCAGGAGCCUCAUGUUCCCGUACGAACAUUUAAAUCAGCAUAAAGCUCAAUGUUUAUGUCAUUUUCCUCUGAUUUAUUGUCACAUCUGCAGUGACAGAACUCCACGUCUUAUUUUAGCUCAAUUUCAACAGUUUAUUUCCUUUAUUAAAGACAUUUCAACCAGAUUCCUCUUAUUUUGGGCCUUUUCAACCCGUAGCUUCACUUCAGCUACAUUUAGAUAUUUGACAUAUUUUCUAUUAGUUUUAGAUUUUUCAGCUCACAUGACUCACAUUUAGUUCAUCUGUUAAAGCCACAACUUCCAGCUA